AUGGAGGGUACUAAGCAGACAGCUAUUCCUUCUGCUCAGUUCCGAUACUUGGCCGUCGAAAAGCUGAGCGACGUUCCUGCAGUGACGAUAAUAAAGGAGAACUAUUGCGGAUGCAAAACCGCCCCCUUUCCAGAUGUGUACGGCAUUUCUGUCAACUUAGAUGACAGCGUUCGCUGCGUCGUACUCACUGGCGUCGGCGAGAAGGCUUUCGCGGCAGGUGCUGACGUCAAGGAAAUGCAGAGACUCGAUUUUGCUGAUAUCCUGACGACGGGGGAUUUGCUGGCCAAGUGGGGUAGAAUACACUUAUUCAGGAAACCCAUCGUGUGCGCUGUCAAUGGAUACGCACUAGGAGGAGGCUGCGAACUGGCCAUGAUGUGUGACGUGGUUAUUGCCAGUACAGAGGCAAUGUUUGGUCAGCCAGAGGUGCGGAUUGGGACGAUACCAGUCAUGGCAGCGAAGGAGUGUGUCAACCGAGCCUACGAAAUGCCACUACAAGAGGGUCUGCUGUUCGAAAGGCGUCUUUUCCACGCGACCUUUGCGUACGAAGACCGCAGAGAGGGCAUGACCGCUUUCGUGGAGAAACGACCUCCUCAAUGGCACCACAAAUGA